CCUUAUCAGGAAGUGGCGGGCGGAGCUCAGCGCCGAGUCGCCGCCUCGCCCGUGUUCCCGCGGCCGCCCGUGCCGAGACCCCGACCUGGAGGGGCAGCGUUGGGCGUGCGUGCGCGCAGGUGGGGGCGCUGACCGCGAGCAGGGACCGGCGGCUACGAGGGCGGCGGGGGGCGGCUGCGGGUCGCGUGGGGCGGCCCUUCUCGCGCAGCAUUAUGGAUCCAAGCCUGUUGAGAGAACGGGAGCUGUUCAAAAAACGAGCUCUUUCCACUCCUGUAGUAGAAAAACGUUUACUGUCUUCUGAGUCCUCUUCAUCAUCAUCAAAAAAGAAGAAAGCCAAGCUAGAACAUGGAGGAUCAUCAGGCUCUAAACAAAUUUCUGAUCAUAGCAAUGGAUCAUUUAACUUGAAAGCUCUAUCAGGAAGCUCUGGAUAUAAGUUUGGUGUUCUUGCUAAGAUUGUGAAUUACAUGAAGACACGGCAUCAACGAGGAGACACACAUCCUUUAACUUUAGAAGAAAUUUUGGAUGAAACACAACAUUUAGAUAUUGGACUCAAGCAGAAACAAUGGCUAAUGACUGAGGCAUUAGUCAAUAAUCCCAAAAUUGAAGUAAUAGAGGGGAAGUAUGCCUUCAAGCCCAAGUACAACUUGAAAGAUAAGAAGGCCCUGCUUAGACUGUUAGAUCAGCAUGACCAGCGAGGCUUAGGAGGAAUUCUUUUAGAAGAUAUAGAGGAAGGACUGCCCAAUUCCCAGAAAGCUGUCAAGGCUUUAGGGGACCAGAUACUGUUUGUAAAUCGUCCUGAUAAAAAGAAGAUUCUUUUCUUCAAUGAUAAGAGCUGUCAGUUUUCUGUGGAUGAAGAGUUUCAGAAACUGUGGAGGAGUGUCGCCGUGGAUUCAAUGGAUGAGGAGAAAAUUGAAGAAUAUCUGAAGCGACAGGGUAUUUCUUCCAUGCAAGAAUCCGGACCAAAGAAAGUGGCUCCUAUUCAGAGAAGGAAAAAGCCUGCUUCACAGAAAAAGCGACGGUUUAAGACCCAUAAUGAACACUUGGCUGGCGUGCUGAAGGACUACUCUGACAUUGCUCCUGGCAAAUAGGGAGUAGUUGUCCGUGAGCAAAGAAUCACAAAUAACAAAGUCAAGAUCUUUCUCAUUGAUGCCGGGCUCUGAAGACUGACUGUCUUCCCAGUCUGCUUCUCAGGACUGAGGAGAGGGGCAGCUCAGUUGACAGAAUACAUGCAGAUUACCAAACUCAAAGCUUAUUUUAGCUGAAUAGGCCAAUGAGAUACGUAAAUAUUCUCUGUUAACCUUCUGUUACUUUGGCCAGGAGGAAAGGCGCUUGGCAUGCCAUGCAGGUGUCUUUGCUGUUUGUCUCUACUUCUAAGUGGUUCCUGGUUCCAUUUUUCCUCUUUUAUUACUUUAGAGCAAGUUUUCAGAUAGUCUUGGAUGCGUGUUUGUUUAUUCUGAAAGAACAUAUUUAUAAUAAAAGUCAUUGUAGAAGGA